AUGGAUGACAGGACUUUGGGGUCUGGAAAUGGAGGUGAGAGGCCGCAGUUUCCUCCUCUGGCUAAUUUGGAUGGGGUUCAAAGCCAGCUCGGAAAUAUAGGCAGCAAGCCCUUGAAUGGUAUGCAUUUUGAUGAGUUACUUAAAAAUGUGAUAUCAGCUGAUGAAGGGCAGCUGCUACAAAACCCUAAUUCUUCCUCUUUUUCCACUUCGUUUUUUCUUGGGAAUUUAAAUGGAGCAUUGAGUAAGAAGAGUGCUGAUGAAGUAUGGAAGGGGAUUUCUCACCAUGAGCUUGCCAAUUCUGCAGCCAACGAAUCGUUGCACCAACGUAAUAUUAGGGAGACAGCAGCUACACCUGAACAUUUUUUAGUUCGCACCGGCGCCAUUAACUUAGGAAACCAAAAUGCAAUGAUGAAUGCUCAGCCGGUUAUGGGUAUUGAUCCAGCGGUUAUGGUGUCGCAGCCGGCAGAUUGGUUUCAGUUUCAAGUGUCUGCUGUUCAGCAGCGAAUGACAAUGCUGGAUUCAAAUUUCAAGGUUUGUGAAUCAGUGUAUGAUAACUCAACUGUGAAUAAUUUUAACCAAGUGGGCAUGUCAAUUCCAAUGCCUGCAAUAUCAGCAUCGUCUUCAGAAUCUCACGCAACCGCUGAGAAGAAGCGCCAUUUUUCUGAUGAAAUCAAGGAGAAAACGAUAGAAAGGAGGCAGAAGCGGAUGAUCAAGAACCGUGAGUCAGCUGCCAGGUCUAGGGCAAGAAAGCAGGCUUAUACCAGCCAGUUGGAGCAUGAAGUAUUCCGGUUGAGAAAAAUGAAUAGCUGGCUCAAAAAGCAAAAGGAGGUGGAAAUUAUCUUAUCUUCAAACCCUAAUUCUAUGCCUAAAUACCAACUCCGGCGAACCAGUUCGGCUCCCUUCUAG